CGUCAGUUCAAGUUGACUGUAGACUUUCCCAACCCCCUCUACACACACUCUCUCGAUCGAUCGAUUAUACUUCCCAUUGGUUGCCCUAGACUCUGAUUUUACUCUGCAAUUCCAUCUCUGUAGUAUACAUACUCAUGCAAUUCAAUUAGAUUAAAUUCUUCCGAUUACACAAAAAUUAAAGAUAUACUACUAGGCCAGAGAAGAGAAGAGAAGAGUAGAGUAGAGUAUGAUGAUGAUGAGCCAGAGCCACCCGUCGGUGCACCCAUUGGAGCUAUUGGAGGGUCCUCCGGUGACAGCCGGCAACCCUGCUGGGCCUCGGGUGAGGAUGAAGGAUAUCCAAGGCAUGCCUGGAACUCCCGCCGGCCUCGCCUUGCGUCUCUCUCAAUUCGUCUUCGCUGUUCUUUCCCUUUGCGUCAUGUCCACCACUUCCGACUUCCCCUCCGUCACUGCCUUCCGCUACCUUGUUGCAGCUGUGGGCCUGCAAAGCUUGUGGAGUCUCUCGCUUACCAUUGUUGAUAUACAUGCACUCUUGGUGAAGCGGUGCCUGCGAAAUUCCAAAGUUAUCAGCUUGUUUACUAUUGGAGAUGGGAUCACAUCAACGCUUACUUUUGCUGCAGCAUCUGCAGCUGCUGGUAUAACAGUCCUUGUUAGCAAUGAUUUCAACAAUUGUGAAGAAAAUCAUUGUACUAGGUUUGAGACAGCUACAGCCAUGGCCUUCAUGAGCUGGUUUGCCAUUUCACCAUCCUUUCUCUUGAAUUUCUGGUCUCUGGCUUCAAUGCGAUAGAUUCAAAAUGACAUUUGAAGCGGGUUUUUGGUACAUGAUUAAUCUUUUUUCCCCCCUCACUUGACAUCUGUUUUAUGCCCCCACCCUAGUCAACUUCAUUGAUAGGGUGCAGAACUUCGAUAUGGUGUAAUAUUUAUCGUGCUUAUUGUCCAUUGUUUGUAAUGAGAGCCUGAAGAAUGAUUAUAUGGCUUACAAUCUAGUUCCAACCUGAUUACAUAUCCCUCC